AAGUUCGCCAUAUCAGACGCCGUCGCCAGGUGAGGAAUUUCCGGAGUAGGGACCUUCCAACGACAUUGACCCAAACCUCUGUAUUGUUAUCGUUACUUAAUCCAACCAAUUCACAUUCGCAACCCCGAGUCCGAGUCCGUGUCCGUGUCCGUGUCCCGCCAACACGAUUCCUUUAUCCUCUGUUUCUAUGGUCCAAACACUUCUUCACUUCACCCCCAAUCACUCUCCCCUUCUCUCUUCCUUACCCGCCUCCGGUCGCUCCCCUCAGUUUCUCCGGCGUAUUACCGCCCGUCUGGCUAUCGAGAGGAAUGGAUUGAUGAAAAGACGACGACCCUUUUCCCAUUUAUCUCUGUUCAUGUUCAUUGAAUUUUUGGGGCUUGUGGAUGUGCAUUUGAGCUACACUGAAUCCAUACGAUAUUAGAAAACUUGGGGGCCAAUUAAUAACCAUGUUAGAAGGUAAUGACACAUUGAUGCACUCGCGGACAACGUAUGAAGAGGCAUUGAGUGUACUAUCGUCGUUGAUUGUCAACCGAAGACGAUGUGAUAAAUCUGGGGACCGAUUCGAGUUGAUGUUUGAGUAUGUGAAGAUGCUUGAUUUAGAGGAGCCCAUGCGGCGAAUGAAGGUCAUUCAUGUGGCUGGCACCAAAGGCAAGGGAUCAACGUGCACCUUUACUGAAUCCAUAUUGCGUAGUUGUGGCUUCCAUACUGGCCUUUUCACUUCUCCUCACCUUAUUGAUAUCCGAGAAAGAUUUCGUUUGGAUGGCGUCAAUAUUAGUGAAGAGAAGUUUUUAACCUAUUUCUGGUGGUGUUAUAAUAAGCUAAAGGAAAAAACUAGUAAGGACAUACCAAUGCCUCACUUGUUUCGCUUCCUUGCAUUACUUGCAUUCAAAAUCUUUUCAGAUGAGCAGGUGGAUGUAGCUAUCUUGGAAGUUGGUUUAGGUGGAACUUUUGAUGCUACCAAUGUGGUCCAGGAACCCCUUGUGUGUGGUAUAGCUUCUCUGGGUUAUGACCACAUGGAAAUUCUUGGAAAUACUCUUGCUGAGAUAGCUUCAGAGAAAGCUGGUAUCUUUAAGCGUGGAGCGCCAGCUUUUACUGUGUUCCAACCUGAUGAAGCCAUGCAUGUGCUUAGAGACAAGGCUUCCCAGUUGGAUGUACAACUUACGGUCGUGCCAUCGUUGGAUCCGGAGCUUCUACACGGUCGUAAACUCGGGCUUGAAGGCGAGCAUCAGUAUCUAAAUGCUGGUCUUGCUAUUGCCUUAUCCUCCACUUGGCUACACAGGGCUGGCCAUUCCAAACUGUCAUAUAUGGAACAGAGUAGGUCGUUGCCUGAGAAGUUCAUAGAAGGGCUUACCAGUGCCAGCUUUGAUGGACGAGCACAGAUUGUUGCUGAUAGAUAUAAUGGUAUUGAAUCCCCUGAAGGUCUCGUUUUUUAUUUGGAUGGAGCUCAUAGCCCUGAGAGCAUGGAGGUUUGUGCUAGAUGGUUUUCUGCUGCAAUAAGACAUAACCAGCGAGGGAUGUUAAAUCAUCAGUCGGAGGAUAAGAGUACAUCUGACAAAGAUGAAGCAAGGAAGAAAUCUGUGCAGGUGCUACUAUUCAAUUGUAUGUCGGCACGAGCUCCACAGCGGCUUCUCCCGCCUCUGAUCAAAACGUGUGUAAAUAAUGGUGUCCACUUCAAGAAAGCACUCUUUGUUCCAAAUACAUCAGUCUUCAACAAGGUUGGAAGCCAUAGCUUAACAGAAGCAAAUGGGCAAGUCGACCUAUCUUGGCAGUUUCAUGUUCGAAGGGUAUGGCAAAACACGAUACAACGAGACAAAGGAAGUGAUUCUAAAGCAGAAGUGGUUGGUAAGAGUUGUGAGAAUAGCACAGUGUUUUCCUCUCUCCCAAUGGCUAUUAAGUGGCUCCGGGACAGUGUCUCGCAGCAGAACAGGUCCAUUCGACUUCAGGUGCUUGUAACUGGUUCAUUGCAUCUUGUGGGAGAUGUGUUGAAAUUGAUCAAGUGAAGCAUGGGACGGUGGUCUUGAACAAUCAUCUUCUCAGAUUUGCAGCCACAGCACCAUUCUUGUUUUAUAUGUUUGAAUUCAAAUCCCCAACAUUCAGAACUGAGAAAAGAAAUAUAUUAUUAAUAUUUUAAGUAAACUAGAACAUAAAGAAAC